CCCCUCUGCCGCGAUCUCACCAACGCAUCCAACGCAUCCAACGCACCCAACGCAUUCGCUGGCGACGAUUGCAUCAGCCGCCCACCACCCGUUGUCAUGAGCUUCAAGGCCGAGAAGCGCAAGCCGGCCAAUGCCGACAACAACAAGGAGACCCGGGAGGCCCUCCUUGCGGCUCACAAACGUGCUGCCCAGCGGUCCGAUCCCGAAUCUCUCUAUCAAAUCGCCAUCUACUACGAAGAGACCGCGCAGUCCCCCAAAGACGAGAAGCAGGCCUUUGAGAUGUACUCGCAGGCAGCCAAGCUGGGCCAUCGCAGCGCCAUGUACGAGCUGGGGCGAUGCUACCAGGACGGCCUCGGGGUCGAGCCAAACCCCAAGGAGGCGUACCAAUGGUUCAAGCAAUGCAGCAACCUCGGCGACAUCGACGCCCUCCUGGUCGUCGCCCGGUAUCUCGAGAGCGGCUAUGGCGUCCCACAGAACCGAGAGCAGGCCCUGAAGCUUUACGAAAAGUGUGCCCACAAGGGCAACUCGGAUGCCUGCUGCGAGCUCGGUGUCAUCGCCCAGACAGGCCGCAUGGGCCCGCCCGACCUCAAAAUGGCCGUUCGAUACUACCGCCAGAGCGCUGAGCUGGGCAACCCGCUGGGCCAGGAGUAUCUCGGGCUCUGCUACCUCAACGGCACCGGCGUCGAGAAGCAGGAGCGCGAGGCUUUUGAAUGCUUCAAAAAGGGUGCCCGCGGCAAGCUCCCUGGCUCACAAUACUACCUCGGACAGUGCUACGAGCUCGGGAUCGGAUGCAAGGUCAACCUCGAGGCAGCCAAGCAGGCCUACUACGAGGGCGCCAAGCUCAACCAUGACGAAGCCCAGCUGGCCCUGGGCUACUGUUUCGACAAGGGCGUCGGCACCGAGCCCGAGCCCAAGCGGGCCGUCCACUGGUACGGCAAGAGUGCCCACAACGGGAACGCCGAGGCAGCCUACAACGUCGCGGACUGCUACCGCUCCGGCCACGGAGUCAACACCGACGACACGAUUGCCUUUGAGUGGCUCCGGCGCAGCGCCAAGGGCAAGUACGCCGAUGGUGAAUGUCGGCUGGGGCACUGCUAUGAAUUUGGAAUCGGAGUCGACAAGAACCAAGCCAAUGCCCUGAAGUGGUAUCGCCGCAGCGCCGAACACGGCAGUCGCACGGGUCAGUUCAACCUCGGUGCCUGUCUCGAACUGGGCAUCGGCAUCGCCCAGAGUCGCAAGGAGGCGCUUCGGUGGUAUCGCUCCAGUGCAGCGCAGGAUUUCGAGCCGGCCAAACAGCGGCUGGAAGCUUUGACGGCAGCACCGACGACAUCGGUCGCCAAGGAUCCAAAAAUCCGACGGAUUGCGGAAGAGCUCGACAGCGACUCGAGUGACAUCCCGAUUGCAACAACGCCAAAGAAGAAGCUGAAGCGAAGCGAGUAGUGCCGCAGCAGCUGCGGUGUGUUGAAUGGGAUGAUCCCGCACGGACACGGAUACCCGCAUGGCUGUGCUGCGCUGGACGAUUCGGUAUCCCACAUUGCAGCAUGCGCUUACAGCCAUCACUCCCAUCGGUGGAUUGGGCUUGGGCGAUUCGGGAGCUGGCCGACUUUUGGCCACAAGUUUCAUGAGCAUAGCCCGCUCGUCAUCAACGCAAUAUACGAUCUUGCCCCUUGCAGCCCGGGGGGGGUGCUGGGGUGGUGAGGUUGGGUGCUGGAUCUAGUUGGUCAAGUCACAAGUGCAGGCAUCUGUCAGCUCCAUGCGAUAUAUCUCCAGCA